GUUUACUUGAAAGUGGGCGGGAGGUCGUGAAUACCUGGUAUUACCGGGAUUUCUUGAGGUGGAUAAAGGCACAUACAUUCGGGUUCAUAACGAAAUAACGGAAUUAGACGAGGCGAUUAAACUAUGAAACCCGAAAUAUAGAAUCGAAUACGCGGCGAGAAAGGUGCGUGAUACAAUCGGUAUUGUCAUCCUCUGCUCUCCUCAUCCGUCUGUGUUACACAUGAUGCCCGGUCCGUUAUCCCAGAAAGAGAAUCGAACGCUACGAACGACCUCGUCGAUUAUACACCAUAGAGGAUAAUGGGAGGUAUGACCCAGAGGCCAUGGAGCCCAACGAAGAGGAGGGGUCCGAUCGCAGCUGAAUACAGCAGUCCUGGACCAGCUUGCGUGACUCUACCAUCACUCAUAGGGAAAACCGUUCCAGACUCAAAGAGAGGUAGAGCACCGGCGUUCUCUUUUGGCAGCAGACACGCGAACAAGAACAACAGUCCAGGACCUGGUCCGGGUCAAUACAACGUUUCUGGCCUCAGCGCGAAGGGCAAAGAUGGAGCACCGGCCGCUUCUUUACACGGACGUACGAAAAAUGGUAAAACUGAACAAACUCCGGCCCCGGGUGACUACAAUCCCGAAAAGGCCGUAAAAGUUGUCUCGGACAGUUCGCCGAAGUAUUCGUUUGGCGUGAAGACGCAGACGGAAAAGCCAAACUCAACACCAGCUCCGGGUGAAUAUUGUCCAGAGAACGUCAACCUGGAUAAAGCCCCUCAGUACAGCUUCGGCGCGAAGGUUCAACAAGAAAAACCUAGCGAAGUCCCUGCUCCAGGCACGUACAGCCCUGAGAAGGUAAAUCUAGACAAGGCACCUAGGUACAGUUUCGGACACAGAGUAUCGACUGAAAAGCCGAGCGAUACUCCAGCUCCUGGAACUUACUGCCCCGAGAAGGUAAAUUUGGACAAGGGUCCUCAGUACAGCUUGAGUGGGAAAGCACCGCCUGACAAACAAAACGAUACACCAGCUCCAGGCACUUACAGCCCGGAGAAAGUUAACUUGGAUAAAGGACCUCAGUAUAGCUUGAGUGGAAAAGGUCAUGUGGACAAACCCAACGAUGUUCCAGCUCCUGGUACAUACAGUCCAGAAAAAGUAAAUCUAGAUAAAGGGCCACAGUAUUCCCUCAGCGGCAAGGGUGCUCCAGAAAAAGCAAGUGAUACACCCGCACCUGGUACGUACAGCCCGGAAAAAGUGAAUUUAGAUAAGGGCCCACAAUAUUCUUUGAGUGGAAAAGGGGCUCCGGCGAAAGUGAACGACACACCUGCACCUGGUACAUACAGUCCGGAAAAAGUAAACCUAGAUAAGGGACCACAGUACAGUUUGAGCGGAAAAGGUGCAGCUGAAAAACCGAGUGACACACCUGCACCUGGUACUUAUUGUCCAGAGAAAAUAAAUUUAGACAAAGCACCGCUGUAUAGUUUUGGACACAGAACGCCACUCGAUAAACCAAACGAUACACCAGCACCUGGAACUUACUGCCCGGAGAAGGUGAACCUUGAUAAAGGUCCGUUGUAUAGUCUAAGCGGAAAAGGUGCACCUGAGAAACCAAAUGAUGUGCCAGCACCUGGAACCUACUGUCCGGAAAAGGUGAAUUUCCAUCAAGCACCACAGUAUAGUUUUGGGCACAGGACACCACUAGAUAAGCCAAACGAUACCCCAGCACCCGGAACUUAUUGCCCGGAAAAAGUGAAUCUAGAUCAAGGUCCUCAGUAUAGCUUAAGCGGAAAAGGUGCAUCCGAAAAAGGAAUUGACAACCCUGCACCUGGUACAUACUCUCCUGAGAAAUUUAAUCUGGACAAUGCUCCACAUUACAGUUUUGGACACAGAACACCAAUAGAUCACCCAAGUGAUAAUCCCGCACCAGGCACCUACAGCCCGGAAAAAGUGAAUAUGCAUAAAGGCCCUCAAUAUAGCAUAAGCGGUAAAGGUACUCCUGAGAAACCCAGCAAUGUUCCAGCGCCUGGAACUUACUGCCCUGAAAAAUUUAAUCACGAUAAAGCACCACAGUUCAGUUUUGGGCAUAGAACACCACUAGAGAAACCAAACGACAACCCAGCUCCUGGAACUUAUUGCCCGGAAAAAGUGAACUUAGACCAAGGUCCUCAGUAUAGUUUAAGCGGGAAAGGUUCACCCGAAAAAGAAAAUGACAACCCUGCACCUGGUACAUACUCUCCAGAGAAAACCAAUCUGGACCACGCUCCGCGUUACAGUUUUGGGCACAGAACACCGCUAGAUCACCCGAGCAAUACCCCUGCACCAGGCACCUACAGCCCAGAGAAAGUGAACUUAGAUAAAGGCCCCCAAUAUAGUCUAUCUGGUAAAGGUACCCCUGAGAAGCCGAACGAUGUUCCAGCUCCUGGCACGUAUAGUCCUGAGAAUCACAAUCCUGACAAGGGACCACAGUACAGUUUAACCGGAAAGGGGGUAUCUGAAAAACCAAAUAAUUUCCCAGGACCAGGUGCAUACUGCCCUGAGAAGGCUAAACUGAAGCAUGAUCCUUAUUACGGCUUUAGCCACAGAAUGCCAUUGGAAAAACCUAGUGAUACCCCAGCACCUGGUACAUAUAGCCCGGAAAAAUUCAAUCCAGAUAAAAUGCCAGAAUAUAGUUUUGGACAUCGAACCCCUAUUGAGAAGCCAAGCGAUACUCCAGCCCCUGGUUCAUACAGUCCUGAAAAGGUGAAUCUCGAUAAAGGUCCUCAAUACAGUAUUAGCGGAAAAGGAGCUUCGGAAAAGCCGACAGAUGUUCCAGCACCUGGAACGUAUAGCCCUGAGAAAAUGAACCUGGAUAACGCACCCCGAUAUAGUUUUGGACACAAAGUUGAUCCCUCAAAACCAAAUGACGUUCCUGGACCUGGAGAAUACAGCCCCGAAAAAGCUAUGAUUCUCUUCGAGAGAGCAUUACAGUUUACUUUCGGACUUAGACCACCUAUGAACAAUUUCAAUGAUACACCAGCUCCCAAUGUCUACAACAUUCCAUCGGUCCUCGGCUCAACGAAAGAAGGAAAUAAGAAGACUGCACCAGCGUAUUCCAUCUCUGGAAGACAACGUGCUUUCGCGGAUGAUAGAAUCCUUGUACCAGGUCCUGGUUCAUACGAAGCCAUCAAAGCUGAUGCAGUAAGAGCUAAAAGUCCCGCGUACAGCAUAAGCGCCCGUUAUCAACUGCCCGACGAUCACUCCAAGAUUCCUGGUCCUGGUGCACAUUGCCCAGAAAAGGUGCAGCUAGACAUUCCUCCAGCGCAUACUUUUGGCAUCAGACACUCUCCGUACAUCUGUAACUUGAAGGACACCGUGUGCUAACUACUAAUAAACUACGUUUUAUUAACGCACGUUAAUUUUUUUUUUUUUUCUUUUUUUUCAAUCCCUGCAAUGAUUAAUGAAAAUAUCAUUAUUUGCCAGUUGAUAAAUUUAAUGCAUCUAAUCAAAAAAAGUGAAAUGAUUUCGUUUACUUGAAGUCCAGUUGUUGCCUGCCUGAGUUUAUUGCAGAGUAGAACUACUAAGUGUGUUUAGCACUGUAUAAUUUUUAGGAAAAAUUUUUAUUACAGACAAGUUAGAAAUAUGUUGGAUAUGUUUUAAAAAAAGUAUUAGCGCUUUGUUAUACUCUUUAUUAUUAUAGACUGCUCGGAAGUAUUAUUCGAAAAUAAGAACUAGCGGGAGAGUUCCUUUACAAUACAAUAUUUGAGAAAAUUCUACUCACUCAUUCCCGAAUAUUGUAUGACUCUGGAGAACGAAUCAUUUUUUGGCUGGCAGGACCGUGCCGAGUGUUAGAAAUAUCUAUAAGUGCGAAAUCGUUUACUUAUAAAAUAAAGUCAAAUCGACAAAGGGUACAUAUUCAGCGAAAUUUAUUGUUUUGUUGACGGGAGAAGCAGCCCAACUCCAACAUAACUCUUACAACGUAAAUCACAAUCCAGUUAAUGUUAUCUGAACAUCUAGAUAUCGUUUAAUUACUACAAAAACAGCGACUUCUUUUAUGGAAACUCGUACGAGACUCUUAUUUACAAAAGAUUUUAUUCUGCAAAGUAAACCAGUGCUUAGAGUUGGGCUGCAAGAAAUAUUUACAGUGCAUAUUUACGAACAUAUUCCGCAAGUUUAGUAUAAUAUGUAUUAUUUGCUUUCAGUAUAAGCUAUAUCCCUUUGAAUUGAGAUCAGCAAAGUUACACACUUCCGACUCAAUAUUUGUUGCGUAAACGCUAUGGCCUAGGAAUUGUAAAAAAUCUCAAUUGCACAGAUAAAUUUUAAUGAAAGGAAUACGGCUAAUGUAGAUAAUUUAAACUGCAUCUAUUCCUUUAUGUACUGCUGAGCAGUUUAUCAAUUGAGAAAAAAAUAUUUCUGUCAAGUUUGGUAGAGCAAUCACGUGUAUUUUCUUUUCUGUUUUUGCAUUUCGUAAUACCACAAGGCAGACAUUUCCAUAAAAAUUCUUGUCCCUGUUAUGUCAGCAGUUUAUAAGUGAAUAUUAUCCUGUCUGUAUGCAAUUUCAGUUGUAAUUGUAAUUCUGUAAACAUUCCACAAAAUUUGUCGCAUCAAACGCCCUUGUAGUUUGCCAGGGUACGAUUAUACAGAAAAAAAUAAUAAAAAUAAUUUAACUUUUUCAUUGUAAA